CUUUCCAGGAAGGAAAAUACAAGAGAGAAAACAAUGCUCUGACCACGUUGGUAUUCCUUUGGGGCUUCCAACUCGUUUUUAAUUUUUAUUUUUUUCCUGAUGCAAUGCAAUGCAAUGAUUCCUCUCUUUUUGGAUCUUUGUUCUUUGUAAAGAGAACAUUGCUCCUACUGCCUCCCUUUGUAGCUUCAGCUGUUACUUUACAGCCUUUUUCCAAUCUCACUUUAGCAAAAGCAACGUCUAAAGAAUCUCAGAAAGGCAGCGUCUAAGCACAUCUCCUUUUUCUCUCCGUUUCUCGGCUCUCUUUGAAACUCUCAUUUGCCGUUUUCUGAAUCUGCACUGUUUCUUCUCUGUUAUGUACGUUUAUACUCUGAAUCUUGACCAGUAGAUCUCAUCUAGGUUUGUGUGUAUUUGUUUUCCGUUUUCGAGUUCUCCGACUCGUUGACGGAGAAUCGGCGAGUCGAAUCGUUUGGACGACUCCAUUUAUAAUUUAUCCCUUUCUUAUCUUCCAUUAUCAUUUCAAACUUGUGUGUAAUUAAUCCCCAGCCCCACAAGCCAUGAGCAGUUGCGUGGAUUGUGCCUCCAAUUACGGCAAAAGCGGAGGGUGGCCAGUUUCCCAUUGACGAGAUUGCCCCUGUUUGGAAACCAAUUUACAGAGUUGGCAUUGUGGUUUUGUCGGUCUACUUCCUGUCUAAAUUUCUAGGACCUCGCAGUUAUACAAGAUGGGUUUUGUGGGCCAGGCAGCAUUGAAGUAGCAAAGAUCUUAUACACUAGUGCUCUUUAAUUUUGCUGGCCAGGAAGGUGGUUAACUAUGCAGACUCCUAAAGCAAGCAGAAAAAACUCUACAGAAGGGCCUCCAAGAUUCUCUCCUCGGGCAGUACGCCAACUCAGUCCACCUACAUUAGAGAUUGCUUCUGCAUCAUCUUCCAAACUAGCAAGUAGGACACCAAAAGAUAGAAGCCCUAAAGUUACUGAGCGCAGGUCACCCAGAAGUCCUGUGUCUGAGCUCCAGAGGAAGCGGCCUAGCAGGAUUUCUGAAUUGGAAUCUCAGAUUUCUCAACUUCAAGAUGAUCUGAAGAAGGUGAAAGACCAGCUUAGUUCUGCAGAGUCAUGGAAGAAGAGAGCUCAGCAAGAGGCAGAGGACUCAAAAAAGCAGCUACUGGAUAUGUCUUUAAAGCUGGAAGAGUCUCAGAAGCAGCUUUCCAACCUGUCUGCUUCUGAGACAGCACAGGUUGGUGAGCUCCAGAAGAUCUCUCGGGAUUCUGACCUUGCAUGGCAGUCUGAACUGGAGGUCAUCCAGAAGCAGCGCUCAGUUGACUCAGCUGCAUUGACCUCUGCAGUGAAUGAGAUUCAAAGGCUAAAGGACCAGCUUGAAACGGUGGCCGAGUCUGAGGCUGCCCAAAAGAAGAAUGUCGAAUCUGCUGAAGCAGAACUCCAUAGCUUGAAAGGGAACCUAGCUGAUACCCUUUCUCUUGUGGAGAAUAUGAAAAACCAGUUAAGGGACUGCAAAGAAUCAGAAGCUCAGGCACAAGAACUAGUUGGUGAGACUUUGCUGCAACUUGAAACUGCUAAAAGGACUGUUGAGACCCUCAGGUUGGAUGGUAUUAAAGCCAAGGAAGCUUACAAUUCGAUAGCUGUGGAAUUGGAUCAGUCAAAGGCACACGUGAACCAACUGGAAGAGGUUGUUAACAAACUUAAGGCUAAUAUUAAUAGUGCUGGCAGCAUUGAUUCCGAAAGUCUGGAAACUGAUCCUAAGAUUGAAUGUGAAGCAACAAAAAAUGAAAAGAUAACGAAAUCCUCACAGCUUGAGGCUGAGCUUACUUCCCUUAAGAUGGAGUUAGGACAAUUAAGAACUGUCCUAGAAACUUCUGAGAUCAAAUACAAUGAAGAACAAAUCCAAAACAUGCUGCAUAUCAGAAGUACUAAUGAGUUGGUGGAGCAGAUUAAGGCUGCAUCAAGUCUGAGAGAGGCUGAACUGGAUGCAGAACUAGAUAAAACAAAAGCCAACAUUGAGGAGUUGAAGGCAAAUUUGAUGGACAAGGAAACUGAAUUGCAAGGUAUCUCAGAGGAGAAUGAGGAGCUGCAUAUGAAGCUUGAGAAUAGCCUAACAUGCCAGAUAGAAUAUGAACAGGAAAAGGACCUAAAGAAAUUGGAGGAGGUUGAAGAUUUGAAGGCGAAUUUGAUGGACAAGGAGACAGAGUUGCAAAUUGUGUUGGAGGAGAAUGAAAUGUUGAAGUCGAAAAUCAGGGGAAGGGAAAUGGACAAGGGCAAAGCAAAAGACGAGAUUGUGGCUGAGGUAGAGGCUACGAGGGCUGCAGAAAGAGAAGCACUUGUGAAACUUGGUUAUAUGACACAGGAAGCGGAGAAAAGUAACAGAAGGGCAGCAAGGGUGGCUGAGCAGUUGGAGGCAGCACAAGCAGCAACUUCGGAGAUGGAGGCAGAUUUAAGAAGGCUAAAGGUGCAAUCCGACCAGUGGAGGAAAGCUGCAGAGGCAGCUGUGGCGAUGCUAUCAACUGCUAACAACGGCAAGUUCAUGGAUAGAACAGGUUCAUUGGACAGCAGCUACAAUCCAGCAGCAGGGAAGAUUAGUUUGCCUUACUCAGAAGAGUUUGACGAUGAUUUGCUGAGGAAGAAAAAUGGGAACAUGCUGAAGAAGAUUGGGGUUUUAUGGAAAAAGCCACAGAAAUAGAAAUCGCCAGACAGACACUGCUGCUAGCAAAAACGAAGGCCUUUUCAUAUGCUCACUGCUGAUUAGGAGCCUGGUUUGAGAAUGUUUAGGAGUUGAUAGGUUGUAGCUUUCAUUGGUUUCAUUUUGUGGGAUAACUAUGCGUAUUUUUCAGAAACUUUGAAUGUUUGCAGUUGUUCAUGUGGUAUUUGAUGUGGGAUUUUUGUAUGCUGAAUGAUAUAUACACACUAGCAGCGUUGCUUGGUUUAUGUAAAUAUACGUGGGGCAACAAGAGACUUUCUUGCUCUACUUAUGCAAUGUCAAUGUCAAAUACCUCAACUAAGCAUUAAUGCGUGAUAGUAGGAAUUUUCAAUGGAACUCAUGUUUUUGUGUAUCUAAA